CGAGGAAUCGAAGAGGCGCAUGCGUGACCUUCAAAGACUGGCUCGACGACUAGUGGAUUGAAGUAGGCUUGGCCUCCCGUGCUGUUGGAUCGCUGCCCGGGUCUCAGUCCUGCUUCUUCCUCUUCUUGCGGCAGGUUCUACUCGCGCUGGGACUCGACGAACCCCUCUGACCCCGUUUUGUCUCUGCGGUAGUUCACAAGUGUGUGACGAGAAAAGAGAGGAAAGAUGUCGGCCAUACCCCAAAGCGAUCACGAUCGGAGGAAGCAGAUCAGCGUCCGGGGAAUCGCCGAAUUCCAUAAUGUGGCCGAGGUGAUGAAGACGUUCAACCGGCAUCUCCACUUCACCCUCGUCAAGGACAGGAACGUUGCUACGCCCAGGGACUACUACUUCGCCUUGGCUCACACCGUCCGGGAUCACCUCACGGGAAGAUGGAUCCGAACCCAGCAGAGCUGGUACAACAAGGACCCCAAGAGGAUCUACUAUUUGUCCUUGGAGUAUUACAUGGGCCGGUCUCUGACGAACACCAUGAUCAACUUGGGGAUCCAGAGCGAAUGUGAUGAAGCUCUGUAUCAGCUUGGCCUUGAUAUAGAGGAAUUGGAAGAACUGGAGGAAGAUGCAGGACUGGGCAAUGGAGGAUUGGGUCGACUGGCUGCCUGUUUCUUGGAUUCCAUGGCCACUGUUGGGCUUGCUGCCUAUGGUUAUGGUAUUCGAUAUGAGUAUGGCAUCUUUGCUCAGAGGAUCAAGAAUGGGGAACAGAUUGAAGAACCUGAUGAUUGGUUGAGAUAUGGUUCUCCCUGGGAGAAAGCUCGACCCGAGUUUGCUCUUCCUGUCAAUUUCUACGGGAGAGUGGAAGAGACCCCAAAAGGGAAGAAAUGGGUCGACACCCAGAUUGUGUUUGCUAUGCCAUAUGACAACCCAAUACCUGGGUUCAAGAAUAACGUGGUGAAUACGUUGCGGUUGUGGGCAGCCAAGUCACCUGUAAGCUUCAAUCUCCGAUUCUUCAAUGAUGGAGACUACAUCCAGGCAGUCCUGGAUCGGACAUUUGCCGAGAACAUCUCCAAAGUCCUGUAUCCCAAUGACAACUUCUUUGAAGGCAAGGAGUUGAGACUGAAGCAGGAGUACUUCAUGGUUGCUGCUACCCUGCAGGACAUUGUGAGGCGCUUCAAGGCUUCCAAGUUUGGAAGCCGAGAUGCAGUGCGCACCAACUUUGACAUCUUCCCAGACAAGGUGGCAAUUCAAUUGAAUGACACCCACCCAUCCCUGGCCAUUCCUGAGUUGAUGAGGAUCUUGGUCGAUAUUGAGGGCUUAUCAUGGGACAAGGCAUGGGAUGUGACAACACGCACUUGUGCCUAUACAAAUCACACGGUGUUGCCAGAGGCAUUGGAAAGGUGGCCAUGUUCCAUGCUGGACUACCUGCUUCCUCGGCACCUUCAGAUCAUCUACGAGAUCAACAUGCAACAUCUGCAGGCAGUGGAGAAGAAGUGGCCCGGGGAUUGGGAUCGGAUGCGUCGUAUGAGCCUGGUAGAGGAAUAUGGUGAGAAACGAAUCAACAUGGCUCAUCUAUGCAUUGUGGGAUCUCAUGCUGUCAAUGGUGUGGCUGCUCUCCAUUCUGACAUCCUCAAGAAGGAAGUGUAUGACUUCUAUGAGAUGAUGCCAGAGAAGUUUCAGAACAAGACCAAUGGAAUCACACCUCGACGGUGGCUUUUGCUCUGCAAUCCUGGCCUGUCUGAUGUUAUUGCUGAGAAAAUUGGGGAGAACUGGAUUGUGCACUUGGAGGAACUGGCCAAACUGAAGCAAUUCGCCAAGGAUCCUGGAUUUAUGCGGGCUGUACAGACUGUGAAAGCAGAGAACAAGAUGCGUCUGGCCACCCUCCUUAAUGAGGAAUAUGGGAUUCAGAUUAAUGCAGCCUCCAUGUUUGAUAUCCAAGUGAAACGCAUCCAUGAGUACAAACGACAGCUCUUGAAUUGCCUCCACAUCAUCACACUUUACAACCGCAUCAAGCGCAACCCCACGGCCCCAUUCGUCCCUCGCACCAUCAUGAUUGGUUACCACAUGGCCAAGAAGAUCAUCAAGCUGAUUUGUGCUGUGGGGCAUGUGAUCAAUAGUGACCCAAUUGUAGGGGACAAGCUCAAGGUGAUCUACCUGGAAAACUACCGUGUCACCUUGGCCGAGAAGAUCAUCCCAGCAGCAGACCUCAGUGAACAGAUUUCCACUGCUGGGACAGAGGCUUCAGGAACAGGCAAUAUGAAGUUCAUGUUGAAUGGAGCUUUAACCAUUGGAACGCUGGAUGGUGCUAAUGUGGAAAUGAUGGAGGAGAUGGGACGCGAGAACAUAUUCAUUUUUGGCAUGACUGUGGAUGAGGUGGAGGAUUUGAAGAGGCGCGGAUACAAUGCCUGGGACUACUACAACAGGAACCCAGAGCUGAAGCAGUGCAUUGAUCAGAUCCAGGGAGGAUUUUUCUCUCCUGGCAAUCCAGAUGAGUUCAAGGAUAUUGCCAACAUGCUCAUGCAUCAUGACAGAUUCCUCCUAUUUGCUGACUUUGAUUCCUAUAUCAAGUGCCAGGAGGCAGUAUCUGCUCUCUAUUUGAACCAGGCAGAAUGGACAAGCAAGGCGAUCAUGAACAUUGCAUCGUCUGGGAAGUUCUCGAGCGACCGCACCAUCUCGGAGUAUGCCCGGCAGAUCUGGGGGGUGGAGCCGUGUUGGGAUAAACUCCCAGACCCUAGCGAAUCUGCUCCCCUUGAUGUGAAAAAAUGAGCUUCCUGUGUUUCUCCAUUUUCACUGCCUUUUAUCUCUUUCUUGCUGUUUCUGGUUCUCCUGGCACUUAUGGAGUUUUGGUUCCUUUUGGUUUUUGUUUGUAUGUCGGAUCAGAAUCAUGGCUCCUUGGUGCUUCUGUGUGCAAUAGCAGUAUGUUAUGUUUUUAAGUCAGUUUUUGAUUAACAGUCCAGUUUCCAAACAAUUGAUGAACUUUUUUUAGCAAAUAUUUUUUGGUGUUGCAGUCUGCAGCACGAUAAUCGACCGAGACUCUCAGUUGAAGUCAUCAAUGAAACCAGUGCAUCAAGUGCAAUAUUUUAUAGAUUGUAUUUUUUCCUGCAUGAAUAUAUCAGAGUAUCUCUUUGUUCAAUGGUUUAUGCACAGGAUGUAUACCUGUCGCCUGAUCCUGCUGAUACUGGGAUUCUAAGAUGGAGAAAUGUUGUUACUUAGUGCCACCACGGAUCUGUCUAAACGAAGAUCUGGUCUGUUACUGUAUGAGAAGUCAAUGUAGUGUAGUGGAGAUGUAGAACUUCUUUAGUCCCUCCUCUCAUCUCCCAUUGUAAUUUCCUUUUGCAAUAAACUUGAUUUGAAUCUUGCUGUGGCUGCAGUUCGCCCAGAAGUU